UUUAAUUUUUCUUGGAUUGCAAUGGAUUGCUUUGUAAUAAUAGGUUUUCUGUUGAUUUUCACAAAACAAUCAAUUGCAAUCGUGAAUCGUGAUCUUAUGGGCAUUGAUCUAAACGAUAUUUUCAAUGAAAAACUAAUGCCAAUGUCAGUUUUGUAUGUGAAAGGCUCGCGUGAUAGUGAUAAUUUAUCGAUUCCAAACAAUGGUGAAGAACAAAUGGUUCAUCCAAAUUCACAUGCCGAUUUCAAUAGUGCUUUCCAUUUGAUGCAAUUCCAUCGGAAAAUGAUUCAAAAUUACAAGUGCAACAAUUAUAUUGCCAAACAAAUUUUAGCCGACAUUGCACCACACACCAUACACAAUCGAUUGGGGAUUGCCAACAAUUCUAGUGAUCUGAUUCACAUUCCACAGCAUCGUCCCAUGUGGAACAAUAAUAUCGAUGCUGCUCUAUUUGACCAGGGUUCGAGUGCAUAUAAAAAUUGGCUGACAAAAUUAGCAUUAUUGGAUGAUGUGUACAAACAAAUCAGGGCCGAUAAUUCAACGAUGAAAAGUGUGAACGAAACUCCACCAUUUCGUCGAAUCGAUGGAGCAACAGCGACGAGUGGCGAUAACGAGUAUGAAGUAGGAGUGGCCAGUGGAUAUGCGAUACAGCAUCCAAUUCCAUCUGGCUUUGUACCACCGCAAAAUCAUGCACCAAACGAUAUCGAUUACGAAAACUAUCACCGAUACGCGGUUGCGGGAAAUAAAGCAGCUCCUCCGUACAUACAUAGCAUAAACACAUUGUUUGAACCAAAUGAAAAUCCUCCGUAUCCAAUACCGCAAUCUAUACUCGUGCCCGACACAACUUAUGAAUUUCAACCAAAUCCUUAUCCAAAUUUAUACGCUGUCGGCCAACCCUAUCUUACGCCACAUGUUGUGCUACCCGAAGAAACUGCCGGCAAAAAAACACACAAAUGGUGGUCUUUUCAUAAUUUGAAAGAAAAAUUCAAAUCUUUUUUCAAACAUAAAACCAAACAUAAUGAUGAAACACACAAUUCGGCCAAUUUAUUCAAUAAUGUACCACAAUUGCAACCAGGAUACGAAUCGGGCUGGCAACCUGAAUCUUAUGGUAUGAGCUACGACAGUGGUGGUGGAUCUGGCAAAGAGAUGACAUUGAAAAAGGUCUACGAGCUAGCAUUGACAGCUAUUGCGUAUCUUGCAUUUGGCAUAUUCGUUCUGCAAGUGAUAAUGUGCAUCACAACGGUCAAAGCGCAAACAGGCAGUACGAUGAUGAUGGCUCAAGUUCCUGCCGGAAUUACCGAGACAAUGGAAUUGACCGAAGUCAGAGAUGCGCGGAUCGUGCGUAAAAAACGAUCUCUGAUGGAAUCUGUUUCAGAGGUAAACGAAAUGUCGCGUAAAGUGUUACAAUCAAUCGAGGCAGCUAUAGUUGCGCCUGACGAUAAUGGAAAUUGUUUGAAGCAAAUUCUUUGUCAAAAUAAUAAAAUGAAAACGGUCUCAAGUAAUAAAAUUUGGUUGCCGGUGUGGGGUCUUGGAAUGAGUUGGUUAUCAUCACGCCUCACAAAUGGAAAAACCGAUUCGCCAAUCAUGUUUGAGUGUUUGAAAGCACUAAUAAUCGGUCUAGGCAAUGGGAUGUGCGAAGAAAAUUUCAAGUGUAAUUCAAAUGUGAUUCGAAGCGCUCGAAAAUUUACAAGAGUAAAACGCUCAACAAAAUCAAAUUAAUUUUACAUUUUCUCUUUUUCCAACUAUAUAUUUUACUCCCAUUAAAUGUUCC